AUGAACAGAGUUGAAAUUAUAGCUUUUGUGCUUUCAUUUCACCUUCGCUUCGUAGCAGUUUCUUAUUCACUCUUUAGGUUUAUUAGCCAAGAAUCACUUCUUGAAGACUUCGUCAGUUCGUUUCAACAUGAAGAAAAGCAAAGGAAUGCAGCAAAAGAAGAAGAAAUUGAAAUUAAAAAAAAGUCGAAAAUGAAUCCUGAAAAUCAUUGGUUACAAAACACAAAUAAUCGUGCCGAAUCAUCAUCUUAA